UCUUCUAUUGUAAGCAGUUCACGUUGGAAAAAGUGCUACGAACAUAGUGCACAAUACUCCCUUGCCCAGAUCACCCAGCAUGGCUAAAUGCUGUGCUGUGACCAACUGUGAAGCGUCCAACAGGGACUUCGGUACGGUCCUAUUCUGCUUUCCGAAGGCCGAAGACCUGCGCCGACAAUGGAUCAAAGCCCUGGGCAAACCGGAAUCAUGGACCGUCCCGGAAUUGGCUUUCGUCUGUUGGAGCCACUUCGAAAGUAAGGACAUUCUGCAGGACGAGAGUAGCUUCCGACGCUCGGCGGAUGCCGUCCCAUCGCAGUAUCUCAACGGUGAGUUGUUUCAUCCAGAUUCGGAGUAUUUCUGUCGGUUUUGUGCCCGGAAGCUGUUCAGCGAACUGAUGGGAACCAACAUAAACGAUAUCAACCGAUCGGAGGACGCUGGGAAGUUUCUUAACCUUCUACUGUCCGAUGGAAACGACCGAGGCUUGUCCAAUCUGGCAUGCGACGAAUGUAUUAUGCACAUCAAGCUGACGAUAAGGUUCAUUCGUAAUUGCGCCAAAGCUACCAGGGAACUAGAGGACAUUGCUAGGAAGCGGGCUUUGAAGCCUGCGGAUCCCAAAACAAAACCGGAAGUCAAAUCCGAGAUGGAUGAAUUUGGGGAAAUUCUAGUGGAUAGCAUUCAAUCUGAAAUAAAAGUGGAAGUGGCUAGCUUGGGAGGAAUGAGCGAUCGGGAUGAUAACUUCUCAGACACGGAAGAUGACAUUCCGUUGGCGGUGAAAUUCAAGCAAGAGUUAACGGAAAAUGAACUGAAAUGCUCUUACUGUUCUUUUAACUGUUCGAGACGAAUACAGCUAGCUAGUCACAUGAAGAAGCAUCGCGACAUAAUCCCGCAAAGAAAGUUUAGCUGUUCCUAUUGUGAUUUCACAUGUACCAAAGCUGUCCAGAUGGACAGUCACAGGAAGAAGCAUAAAAAGAAGAAACAGCAGUUGAUGCAAGAGGAACUACCAAAAAAUGACAAGUCGAAAGAAGUGGAGAAUCAAGAGGAGCAAUCUCACAAAACUUCCCAGUCGGAUGAUUCUUCGGAAGAAAACAACUCUUCCGAAAUCCUCAAAUGUUCCGAGUGUCCAUACACGUGUACGCGAAUAAUACAGUUGGCCAGUCACAAGAAGAAACACUCUGGUUAUAAGCACAAAAGAGCCCAGUGGGACGAGAAAAAGAAGGUUAAGGACAUCUACGAGUGCGAAUUUUGCGAUUUUAAAUGCAAACAACGCCGCCAAAUGGCGGGUCAUCGGGCGUCUCAUUCCGAGCUAAUCAGGAAAUCCAAACCUUCCGGUAAAGAGCGCGACCACAUGUGCUCGAUCUGCGGCAAGAUCCUGUCAACGCGGGGCUCGUUCUUCGUGCACAUGAAGUACCACAACGAUCAGCGGGACUAUCCGUGCAGCAUGUGCGAUAAGAAGUUCUACUCCAAGCGGGACGUUACGAUGCACAUAGAGUCUCUGCACCAGAAGAAAAUUUUCGAGUGCGAGAUUUGCGGCGUCAAGUGCACCUGGAAGAAUGCACUCAAUAAGCACAUGCGAAAGCACAACUCAAGCUCGUACAAGCAUGAGUGUUCGUACUGUGGCAAGAAGUUUAUGGCCGCGAACGAGCUGCGGUUGCACGUCUGGCGACACACCGGACAGCAGCUGACGUGCGACAUUUGCGGAGCGGGAUACAGAUUUAACUUCUUGCUAACCCAGCAUAAAAUCCGCGCUCAUGGCAUGCAGAUAGAAGGCGUACAACUGUACAAACGCUUCCGAAAGGACAGACCUGCCGGCAGUAAACAAACCUCGUCCGACACCGACAUGACACCACUGGAAGCAACCUCAGAUACCGCCGCUGCAAUACCGCCAAUGCAGGUUCAACCUUUACCCCUAGCUGAGCAUCGACCAUCGGUGGAAGAAACAUCCAGUUCGUCGUACUCUUCCGACAUGCCAACCAACUAUCCACACCCGACUGCAGUUGGACCUCACCUGCCGGUACCUUUUCAUCCUCUGGGGUCCCAAGUGAUGCCCUCUGGGACCUGCCAGAACAGUCUCUUCAGUCAGGUUAGUAAUUAUUGAAAAUUGGAUUUCGAAGCAGAGAUCUACCAGUGCGCAAAUUAUCGACAUCUAAAUUCGUUUAAUUAAAUGGA